CCAGUUUCGUCCUGUCCCUCUUUCCCAGCAGCCCCCGCACAGCGUCCUAGACUUGUCUGACUCCAAGGUGGCAAGAUGUCGUCCUCCUCACCACUUUCAGUACCACUUAGAGAACAGAGACUCUUAGAUGUCAAGCUGCAUCAGCUACCAGCCUGGAUAAUGAAGCGGGAUUUUUCCCCUAGUGGGAUUGUCAAAGCUUUUCGUAGAGGUUAUGAUGCAUAUUUUAAUAAGUACAUUGAUGUGAAGAAAGGCGGGAUUGGUGGUGUUUCUAUGGUGCUUGCAGCUUAUAUCCUGCUCAAUUAUUGUGCGGCUUACAAGGAGCUUAAACAUGAACGGAGACGAAAAUACCACUGAAAAUUCAAGCAACUUCAGAUGAAUUUUAUCCUUUAGCUUAGAGAACUGUGCAGUUAUAACUCCUCUUGGUGGACAUCACUUGAUAGGACCAGAUACCCAAUAUUAAAAGAUGUAUUUAAACCUG